AUGGAACUGAAGGAAAGGGUAAAGGAUAAGGGCGGCUCGGCUGUCGGCUCAUUUCACUCAGUGCGUGUUGUGGGGGUCUCAAGUAUAGUCACACUCUAUUCUUACACUACGCACCUACCCCCUUAUCCUACGCACCCACCCCACACUCCCUCAAAACCCCACUCUGUAAAAGUGAAAACGAAAAAGAAGCCGUUUUCAGAGGAUAAACAGCAGCACACUGUUCGUCAUCAGAUCGUUAGUUGCGUCUCAAGAUUCCUCUGUUGUUUCGUGUCAAAAUCAUUAUCAACCUCGGCAUUGCCUGAGAGAUUCCUUAAUGUGAAACUUGAACAGAGUGAAAGUGAGAAAUUACUGUGA